AUGUAUUAUUAUGCUGUUAAUACAUUGCCCAUCAAAUCAAUUACUCACAAAUUCCUCAUUAGAGGACAUACUCAGAAUAAAGCUGAUCGUGUUAAUUCCGUCAUUGAGAAGAACAUUAAACGGGCUAAGAAAGCACUACCUAUAUACUCUCCAGUCGAAUAUAUAAGUCUCAUCAGAAACGCAAAAAAACGCGGCAACAAAUUUAUAGUCAAAGAAAUGAACUUCGAUUCAUUCUUUGAUUUAAAGCUGUUAACUGAUGAAGUUAACUUGAAUCUUAACAAAGAUAAUGUCAAACACAACAGAAAUAAUGUCAAAUUAUCUGAAAUGAAAGCCAUAAAGUUCACAAAAAGUUCAGAGACAUACCAAUUCAGAAACAGCUAUAAAUCAGUCACCUGGACAGAAGCGGAUGUCAAAAUAGGCCGGACUGCUAAUAGAAAACAGCUGAAAGACAUUACAUUAAAUGUGUUGUACACUGAAAAGUUGCCGAUCCCCGAUCGGAAAAAAGAAGACAUUCGUCAACUGAUUGCUUCAAACAUUGUUCCAAAGUUCUAUGAACAGUUUUAUAAUGGUUUAUUUUAA